GAAGGAGUGGAAGCUGCAGCCGCAACUGUAGAACCCAUUUUACCUGGUGACACAGAGGAUUACAGUGUCACAGACUUGAGGGUGGAAGUCAACUCAAACGACGAGGUGAAUAAAAACGUUGAAGAGCUUUAUUCAUCAGUUAAGGCUUAAUUAUUAAUUUGGGUGUCAGAUGAUCCUUCAAACCAAGAAAACGUGUGUUUAAAUGCAGAGGGAUUUUCAACUGAAUUACAAGUUGCUGGUCAGUGUUUCAGAUAGUUCUGCUUGGGUCUUGAGGAAGGAGAGUCUUCAGAUGAUGGAUGAUAAGAAUCAAAACCCUAAAAUCGGGAGCGCCAGCCAAACAUCACCCUCGACAACACGCUCAGGAGGGUCACGGGUAAGCUUUCUACAUCCAGGGUCUGUCACCAAGAUCAGCAAGAUCUAUGAGAUGAAUAGUGAAGAGUCCAGUAAACCAGUUCACCAAGUCCCAGCACAGCCCAAUCAUAACAGCUGGGUCUGCAAUGAAAAGCAGGAGUCUGGAAAUCCAAAGGCUCCACAAAUAAAACCAUCAGGGACCCUCAGGAGCCCAAUGAGAAACUCCUUUUUGUAUGCUGUCAAAGAAAAGUCAUCCCAAUUACAUGGGGACAUGAAUAAGAAAGCAAUGACACUGAGUCUCUCAAUGGCUGUUACUCAUCCCAUUGUCACAACCGCAGCAGUUUUGCAAAGCUCUGUUACAAGCUCUGUCACAUCUAAACCUUCCAUCCCAACAAUUUCUCAGUCAACUGAGGUUAAAGCAACUGGUUCCUCAACCAUGCUCAAGGCUUCACCACCCCAGAAAGAGAAGGAACAAACUUGUGUUCUGGUUACCUCGUCCUCACACACUGAAAGUGUUUCAAAAGUUAAGUAUGAGUUUCUUUUGAGGAAAACAGAGGAGACCAGCUCUACAGAAAGUGUGUUAAUUCUACCAGAGGAAGGGAGCAGCAGAACCAGUUUGGACUCUUGCUUUCUUAAUGAUGGCAUUGAUGAGACAUCGCUCUUUAUGGAAAUUGACCGCAAGCUCACCAGCCUGCUGAGUGGCCUCAGCGCUAGGACCCAGAAUGCAACAGCCACCUCAUCAGAGGACAGCCCAAACCAAGUCAUUUGUGAGAGGAGUGCAGCUAUGAUCCCCUGCAAUGGUCAAAACGGAGCCUUGUCAAACAUGGCCAAUCAAGCCUCGGAGAGACAGGAAAGUUGCGGAGGUAAGGAGGAAAACGGACUCCUAGAUUUGGCAGGUCUGGAUCCGCUCGGAGACCCGCAGAUCUCCCCCACCUUUGUCUUGGACUCAUGGACUGAAGCACUGCUGAAGGAGGCAGUUCCCUUGUGUUCAGCCACAAUUGAGAAGCUGGAUGACGUCUCAGGAGAAGGGGUAAAUGGAGACAUCAGGAAUGCAUCCACAACUGGAAAAAAUCCCAGCAGCCUCAUUUCGAACACCAAGCCAAUUCUGGAUCUUGUGUUAACACCUGGGUCGGCAGUACACACUGGCGAUGACGUGGACUGUUCUGAAUUGAGAAGAAGGUCAGAGGCUGAGGCUGUGCUUGCCUCAUCCGAGGAUUCCAGCCAGUUGCCACACUACAGUUAUUUUGAGGAAUCUAGUGAAAUCCUAGCAGAGCUACCCGGUAUCUUCACUGACUUCAAUGACGGUGGCCAGCUGAGGGAGAAGGCUUUCAAGAAACUCCGAUUUUUAGAAAGCCGACCAGGGAGCUUGAAUGUAGCAGAGUUGAAGGAAGGGGAAGAAGAAUGGAAGAGCAGCAACAAUCUAAAGGCAGAUAGCUCCCUGGACAGUCUCAGCCCUCCUGAGAAGCUGUGUCCUCUACAUCUGGAGGACGAAGUGUUCCCGUUGGGGCUGCUCCUUGAGUUGCAGAGACCUGAGGGGGGAGCACAGGAACCCAGCUCAGACAGCAUCACAAACACGAAUGACAGCCAGAAGGAGAAAGAUGACAAGGACACGUUGGAAAGCCAAGAGGCCAAAGACGUCUUUAGCUCGCAUUUUGAAAGCAUCCUAGAAUCAGACCGUCUUUGUAACACUCUCUACAGCAGUCUGGACUCUCUGGAUGCCCUUUCAUCCUCCGCCGAUGAGGCACACUCUGGGUUCAUCUUUGACAUGCCUCUAACACCCAUGAUCCAGCAACGUCUCAAAGAGACCGUACACUUCCUGGAUUUGACACCCGAGGUGGGGCGGCAGGAGGUGCUCAGCGUCACAACAACAGGGAAAAGUGGAAAAGCUGCCCUGGAAGUUACAUCGUCCUACUUUGAUGUGGGUAACAAAGACCCUGCUCUGAGAAGCCAAUUGGAUAAAAAUGUGAACGAAUCCUUAGCCAAUGGGGUUGUGGAUAACACGGAGGUGGACUGUAAAGUUUGGCUGCAUGGCUGUCUGAGCAGUGAUGCGGGGCCAAAGGCAACAUUAUCAGACUGGGACUCCGACAUGGGGAGCACAGAGAGGCUGAAGGACAGUACUGACAUGUUGCACAAUGGCAACCGUGGGGACCAGGAGGCAGCACGCCGACUUGCCAGACGGCUUUAUCACCUGGAGGGCUUCCGCCGCUCUGAUGUAGCCAAGCACUUGGGCAAGAACAAUGACUUCAGUAAGAUGGUGGCUGAAGAAUACCUCACAUUUUUUCAAUUUACAGGGAUGACAUUGGACCAAUCUCUCAGAUCCUUUUUGAAUGCUUUUGCACUAAUGGGUGAAACCCAGGAAAGAGAACGUGUUUUGAUUCACUUUUCCAAUCGGUACUUUUAUUGUAACCCUGCCACCAUCACUUCACAAGAUGGAGUCCAUUGCCUUACAUGUGCAUUGAUGCUGUUGAACACGGACCUUCAUGGCCAUAAUAUUGGGAAGAAGAUGACGUGCCAGGAAUUCAUCAGUAAUCUUGAAGGGCUAAAUGCAGGACAACAUUUCCCUAGAGAGGUUCUUAAGGCCUUGUAUAACUCAAUCAAGAAUGAGAAGCUGGAAUGGGCCAUAGAUGGAGACGAGCUCAAAAAGUCUAUUUCUGAGCUGGCAGACAAUGCCCACACCAAAAGCAUCACCCGGAUCAGCAGUGGCAGUAACCCUUUCCUGGACAUCGCGCACGACCCCAACGCUGCAAUCUAUAAAACGGGCUUCCUGGCACGCAAGAUCCAUGCUGACAUGGAUGGAAAGAAAACACCAAGAGGAAAACGAGGUUGGAAAACCUUCUAUGCUGUUCUCAAAGGAAUGAUUCUCUACUUGCAAAAGGACGAAUACAAGCCUGAGAAAGCACUCUCAGAGGAAGACCUGAAGAAUGCUGUCAGUAUCCACCAUUCUCUGUCAAUCCAAGCUGUAGACUAUGAGAAAAAGCCAAAUGUGCUGAAGCUCAAGACAGCAGACUGGAGAGUCUUCCUCUUCCAGGCCCAGAGCUCAGAUGAAAUGGACUCUUGGAUUACAGUAGUCAAUUCGGUGGCAGCCAUGUUCUCUGCCCCAUCAUUCCCUGCUGCCAUUGGCUCACAGAAGAAAUUUAGCCGUCCAUUGCUACCUGCAACCACGACAAGGAUGUCACAGGAAGAGCAGUUAAAGUCUCACGAGGCAAAGCUGAAGCACAUCUCCACAGAGUUGGCAGAACACAGGUGCUAUCCUCCAGACAAAAAGGUCAAAGCCAAGGAUGUUGAUGAGUACAGACUCAAAGAGCACUACCUGGAGUUUGAGGAGAACCGGUACGAGAUGUAUGUGAAGCUGCUGAGGGAAGGUGUGAAAGAGUUGCUCGCUGGCAAAGAUGGUGAUGCUGGCCUGAAGAAGUCACAGUCCAGCCCUUCCCUCAACCAGGAAGGCCAGCCGGCCAUGGCCAAAGUGAAGCGCAACACCUCAGAGAGGAAGGACUACAGGCCAGAGAUGCCCAAGUUCACAUAAGAAGCUUUCCCCUUUGACCUGUGAAAGAGAAAUUAAUACUCAACAAACGUGUGAAUAUAUUUUAUGUAAUUUAUUUAUCUGGCCACUGUUUUGUUUUAACAAAAACAGUUGUGUAAAAUGUAAAUGAUGAUACAUGUUCUUCUUAGACUGACUGGUGCUUGCAUAGUGUUUUUCUUUUGUAUUGCAAACAUCACAUGUAUAAUUGUGGUCCUUUUAUUUUGGUGUUGCUGCCAUUGCUGUUGUCAUUAUUGUAUAUCGAUCGUAGCAAUUAGUAGUGAAACAUUUGACUCUUUGCCACUUUACUCAAAUGUCACAGUUCCUGUAAAUCUUUAUUUGCCUUUCAGUAAAAAAAAAAAUAUCCUUGGCUUCAAUUUAAGGUGUGUGUGUAUCUAUUCACCAUAUAUAUAUAUACACAUACAUAGGUAAAGAGUACUCAGAAGUGUUUAUUUUAAUAUGUAGUUUUAGUGAACGGUGAACACAUCCUAAAUAGUGAAACAGAGUAUUUUACAUCAAUAUGGCUUCCAGUGAGAUUCAGCAGGUUAUUUUACGUAGAUUUUUUUUUCAUGUCUUUCCUUGUAUACCUUUAAGGUUCAUUUCCACUUGGAAUGUUAAUUUUUCAGGAAGAUAAUUAUUAAUUUUUCAGGAAGAUAAUUAUUAAGAUGUAAAUAAGGGAAAGGGAUCCAGUGUUGACUUUAAAUGUGAUUCUAGAUCUUGAACAUUUUGCCUCAUAUUUGAAACAAACAUACUACUUGGCCCCUGGAUAACAACUGGAUGGUUCUACGUUUUUGGAAGACUGCAUCAUAUUGCAGUAGUUGAGAGCAGGUCAAUUGAUCUGGAUCCUCAUUUAUCACAAUGAACAAGUAGAUGUAUUUUACAAUUUUGUUUCAACCAACAGAACAGGUAUCUUUUCAGACUGCACUAUGGCUGAGAUUCAACCUCAGAUCAGACUUUUUGCAGCUGAGUAAUUUUUUUAAUAAUUUAAGGCAAAUAGAACAUUGUAUUCUGCUUUUGGAGUAGUGUAAAUGCCAAUGCUCUUUUUUUUGUUUUAUAAUCUUUUAACUUUUUAUGGGUAUUGAAUUCUUAGUUGAAAGCUAUUGUUGUAAAGAUCAAAUUCGUAUUCAUAGUGCACUUUAUAAAUGAGUUAUUCUGAAUAUUAUAGAGAGCUUUAUAAAGGCAUCACAGGUUUUUCUGGCAGAACUCUUAAGGUACCGAGCUGUCUGUACAGUAAGAAUCUGUUAACUCAAAACAAAAUGUCUGUUUUCAGUCAUUGGGUAGUUUUUGCUGUCUUAGGUAGUUUAUUUAAGGACAAAGUUUCCUUUAGGGAGCUGUUUUCAGGCUGUAAAUUGCAGUAAUUACCUUUUCCAAUGCUAGUUAUAAUGAAUCCAUAGUCAUAUGCACAUUUUUGUUAGACCCAUUAUUGGCAUAACAACAUUAGCAUCUUGUAUCUUGUAAGAUAUUGGAUUGCAUGCCUACACCUCUGUAACAGACUCCUACACACCAAUUUGUUUAGUCCUUACCAAAAUGUGCAUGUUUCUAUGUAUAACACUAGAAAGGAAUUUUACUUUUUAUCAUGAUCAAUUAAUGAUAUAUAGACAUUUGCAAAAGUGUUUAGGAACAAGUGUUGGUAGUUCAAAGUUUUAUUCUUUAAAUGUUUUUUAUUGACACUUUAUCUUUGUUACUAUCUUUUUCCAUCUAUUGUCGUCCCCCCCCCCCCUCCACAGGACACAAGAUCUCUUGAACAUACAUUAAUAUGACUGUAGCCGUGACCAUUUAUUUUGGCCUGAGUAGUAACUGACAUAAUUGCUUGCUAGUGUGUAUACUCUUUUUUCUAUUUUCUCCUUGCUUCAUAGCACUAUUCUUCUAGUAUUGUUAUUAUUAAGGUGGUGCGGCUCUGUUUUGACAUUUUAGCACUUAGAAUGCAUCUUACAAGUGACCAAGUUUCAGAGGUGUGAAGUGAAUAUAGUCUAUAUCACAAAGCAUCCAACAGUUUGAAGUUGUUUAAAUAAUAAUUUGGGUGUUCAUAUGAAGAGGUCUGCCCUUAAUAUCUGUAUUUUUGAUUCUUGUUCAUUAAUUCUUGUUUUAAAGUAUAAGACAAUGGCUGGCCAAUUGAAGACACAUAUUAGCCUAGUGUAUAAAAUGUUCCCAAUAUUCCUAAGAUAGUCAUUUCUUUCUUUGGUGAAGUGUUAAAUACUACAUUUAGCGGUUAGCGGUUAGGGAAUUCCCUGCCGUGCAAAAUGACGUUGUGUCCUUGGGCAAGGCACUUCACCCUACUUGCCUCGGGGGGAAUGUCCCUGUACCUACUGUAAGUCCCUCUGGAUAAGAGCGUCUGCUAAAUGACUAAAUGUAAAUGUACAUUCAUAUUAAUCGUGCCAAUACAGUACAUUGCAUUAGGCAAGGACAUUAUGAAAAAAAAAAAAAAAAAGAGAGAGAGAGAAAUAAAAGCUGUGCUUUUAGGGGUGAAAUGAUGGAACAUACAAUUUACAUCCAUAUAAUUAAAUCACAAGAUAAAUUUGAACAAGUACUUCUGAUACGAUGUCGUCAAGUGGUGUGGGUUACUGCUCAUGUGGAAUGUCUUAACUGAAAGCACUGUCUAGCAAAACAACACAUUUAAAAAUUACAUUUGAUGGCCUAUAUAUCAACAUCUUCAGGUUUACACAGGAAAUGUCUGUCACAUUUUCCAAUUCAAGAUCAGCCUGGCCUUUCAGACUGUCUUACUUUCAUGAAUUAAUCCUUAUGUCUUCAAAUCACAGUAGACAAUCUUUUCCAGGAGCACUUUCAUCUGACCUUUGUCCACAAUAUCUGACAUGUAACUUCUGUUCUCCCCACCUUUACUUGAGAAUAAAAUCAAUCCUGUUCCUUAUUGUGUGCCAGUUAAAAACCAGAUAACCAUCUGUCUGACCAAACCUCAGCUUGUUCCAUCUUACCUAUGGUAAUGCACCUUAGCCUCCUCCAAAGUUCUCUUCGUCUCUCCAUGCAUACAAAAACUGAAAUAUCUCUGAGAAGCUGUGAUGCUAUACAAUCCUUUAACUGUAAAUGCUGUUAAAUGUUACUGUCAGUCUGUGAUUUUAAGCCUAGGAUUGUUGGUUGUUCAUCUGAUCUCUUUUGACCUAGCGCGUGUCUUACGCGCUCAGGUCAAUAAUCAGCUGGUUGGUGAUAAUUCAAACUGUAGAGGGUUUCAAUGAAUAAAAAAUAUAAAAUAUUUGAA